AUCAACCCAAUCACACUUCUUAUUAUCUACUUCACAAUCUUCUCAGGACCAAUAGUCACUAUACUAAGCACCAACCUAUUCCUUAUGUGAAUUGGACUUGAAAUAAACCUACUAGCCAUUAUCCCAAUAAUAAUAAAAAACACAAAUCCACGAUCAACAGAAGCAGCAACAAAAUACUUCCUAACACAAGCCACAGCCUCAAUAAUUUUCCUACUAUCAAUUAUCCUAAAUUAUAAACAACUAGGGAUAUGAACACUACAACCACAAACAAACAACCACAUCAUUACACUAAUGUUUAUUUCCCUAGCAAUAAAAAUAGGAAUCGCACCUUUCCACUCAUGACUCCCAGAAGUAACCCAAGGAAUUCCAAUCCAAAUUGGCAUAAUUCUCCUCACAUGACAAAAAAUAGCCCCAAUAUCAAUUUUAUUCCAAAUUUAUGAAAUAACAAACCCAACAAUUCUAAUAAUAUCAGCUAUCCUAUCAGUACUAAUCGGAGCAUGAAAUGGACUCAACCAAACACAAACACGAAAAAUCAUAGCCUACUCAUCUAUCAGCCACAUAGGAUGAAUAAUUGCCGUACUACCAUUCAACCCCUCCCUUACUAUAUUAAAUCUACUAAUUUACAUCAGCUUAACACUACCAAUAUUUAUGAUCCUAAAAAUCAACUCAUCCACCAACAUCAACUCCAUAUCACUUAUGUGAAAUAAAACACCAAUAGCACUACCAACAAUCUCCAUAAUCCUACUAUCCACAGGAGGGCUGCCACCACUAACAGGAUUCUUACCAAAAUGAAUCAUUAUUACUGAACUACUAAAAAACAAUAAUGUUAUUCUAGCCACACUAAUAGCAAUAAUAGCCCUAAUUAAUCUAUUCUUCUAUACACGCUUAAUUUACUCCACAACACUAACUACAUUCCCAACAAAUAACAACUCCAAAAUAUCACUACAACAUACCAGCCACAAAAACAAUCUCAUCCUGCCAUCCCUAACAAUUCUAAGCACCAUGACCCUACCACUAUCACCACUACUAAUUACAUAA